AUUAUAGACAAGCUGGAAGCGAAAGUCAACUGUCUGUCCUCGUUCCUCCGCUUUAAGCGAACGGCUGGGAUAUCAGACGUCAGUCGUUCCUGAGCAGGGAAGAAAAAAGCGUCUCCCUGUCCGGACCGAAGAAAACCGAGGAGCGAACAAGAGAGAAGAAGCAACAGGGACCAGGAGAACCAGCGGCAUGUUUCGGGCUUCGGACCUGGUCGCUCUGACUUAUCUGUUUCUCGCGGCUGAGACCACGGCAGGCCAGAUCCUCCCGCCGCAGAAUCUGUCCCUGCAAUGGUUCACUGACUUCGAGGCAGAGAUCUCCUGGGACCCCCCUCCACACUCUGUGGCAGGGUGCCACUAUGACAUUUCGGUAUACAUCAAGGAAGAAAGAAGGAUAAGUCAAGACCCCCCGCAUACAUCUUAUAAAUGUGAAGUGUGGAUGGAUGGAGGAUUUCUUGGUUAUUCGUUGAAAACCGUAUGUGGCAGUAACGAAAGUAAACCAGCUGUAUUGAAUAUAAAUGACCCAGAACUGGUGAAGGACGUGGAUUGCUACGUCAUUAACUCCACUCAAGGCCACUGCUCCUGGUCCCCCGUCUAUGACGCUACAGAUCUUCGCUUUUUCUAUCAGUUGCAGACUCAUGAUUCCGAUGAUCCUGCAACAGAGUUACGAGAAUGCUCGUCAUACAGUACCACUGGCGGUGUGAGGUCUGGGUGUGAUUUGCCGGCAACCCCGCAGACAUUCAUUGGAAUGGUGUUUAAGGCGACACUGAACAACACGCUUGUUCGGAACACCUUCAAGGAGGACAAUUUCAAACUAAAACCACCUCCCCUUAAAUGGGAAGUCAAAAAGAGCAAGGACAAGUUCAAUAUUACCUGGAGUCCUCCAGACAUGCGUUUCGAUUCAUGGACGUUCCGACUUAAUUACACCUCCUGUGAUCUUAAAAGGGUAAGAAACUAAACAGCUACGCCUGUG